CUACCAAGGGUGAACAACGCUGACUAUGGCCUGGGUGGAGAACUGUAGCAUUGAGAUGAGGUGAGAUGCCUUGUGGUUGCCCAGUGCAUUGAUGGAGAUCCUGGGAUCCCGUCAGCAUCUUCCAUCCUCCUCCCGUGGCCUCCUGCGCAGCAGCUGAACUUAUCCCCAGAGACCUUUACCAUUCCAUCAAUUCGCCUUUGCAUCUCUUGGGGAUCUUCUUCUUCUUGCGUGUGGCCUGUACAGCCUAAAGUUGCAGGACCACUUGUUCUAUUUGAUCUUAUUUGAUUGCACACGCCGCCGGGUUGAUUGCAUUCAUCGUAACUAGGGCGGACCAAGUGAAUGCUGCAGUCUCCCACCCCUCUUGGGGAUGAAUGGAUGAAUGGCUGACGGAAGAGUUGACUCUUUGGAUUGAAGGCAGACACAACAUGCUGGAGUAACUCAGCGGGACAGGCAGCAUCCCUGGAGAGAAGGAAUGGGUGACGUUUCGGGUCGAGGCACUUCGGCAGACUUCAGACUCUUGGGAUUGAUGUCUCCAAACGUGGAUUCCUGGUAAAUAUGACAAUUCUCACCCUCACGGACAUCAUGGACAUCAGGAUAGCGUGCAUGUUGGAGUUCAUGACUCUGUGAUUGUGAUCAGGUUGACACAACAGCCCGCGCCCACCAGGAUGGCUGCCCUUCUCUUGAGUUGUAGGACAUGCCCUGGACUUUGUAGAUCUGUGAUUUGGAGAACUACUGCCUUUAGGGCGGGCAACUCUGCACCAAAAGUAUCUUUCAGGUUGAAGAAUUUACCCAGACUUACUCUUGCCUGUCUAGGUCUUGGGAGCUCGUCACUUGCAAACUCCCAGAAAACAGCAGCAGUUGCAGAGGCCAAGCUAACGCUCUGCCCCAAGCGAGGAUUGCGCUCAUUGUUGGGAGAACUUUUCUGGAGGAUUCGUUUUGCCGUCCAUUUGGGCGUGCGGGCGGUGGUCCUGCUGCUGAGAUUUGGUCCCCUGCUGCUGCUCUACCCAGUGUGUUUUGUGUCGUCUGAUCUCGCCUCGGCCUGGUAUGAGGUGCUGCUGAGAUCCACAGUGGCCGCCGGGCCCACGUUCAUCAAACUCGGACAGUGGUCCAGCACCAGGAGGGACCUCUUCCCGGCAGAGUUCUGUGAUAAAUUCUCCAGGAUUCAUCCCCGUGUCUCCCCGCAUCCCUGGGACUACACCAGGCGCAGCUUGAGGAGGGCGUUUGGAGAGCACUGGAGGAGCAUAUUCCACAUUGAAAGCAAGGAGCCCAUCGGGUCGGGCUGCAUCACGCAGGUGUACCGGGCCUGCACUGAUCCAAGGGAUAUUAACAACUCGGAAUUCCAAAAACUUGUCGAAAGCUUUGAGAAAGAAGACCAGUUUGAAGCAUGGGAAGUCUCCGGGCUGCAGGGAAUAUUUCAUUACAUGUUUCCACACAAGCAAGAUCCACACAAUGAGCCGGCCACAGCGGAGGGGUUGAGUGGAGGCCCUGAACUGGAAGAUGGAUGGACAGCACCUCAUCCCAACACAAUGUCGGAGCAGCACCAUCUCAUUCCAGUGGCAAUCAAGGUGAUGCAUCCUGGCAUUACUCAUCAAGUGCGUAUGGACCUGAAACUCAUGAAAGCCGCGAGCUGGGUUCUCAGUCUCCUGCCGGGCGUGAGGUGGCUGAGGUUGACGGAGGUGAUGGAAGAAUUUGAGGAGGUCAUGUUGGGACAGAUUGACUUGCGGAACGAGGCAAUGAUUAUGGAGAGAUUCCGAGAGAAUUUUCUGGGAAUGGAUUCUGUCAAGUUUCCCAUCCCCCUCCGGCCGUUCGUCACCAGAACCGUCGCGGUGGAAACGUACGAGGAGAGCACUCCCAUCUCGACGUUUGUGGCAGAGGACGUGCCCGAUGUGUUGAAGCAGCAGUUGGCCAGGAUGGGGCUGGAGAUGUUGCUGAAGAUGGUAUUCGUGGACAACUUUGUUCACGGAGAGCUUUGCCCAGAGAACAUUCUCAUCCAGGGAGCGGAUCAGUUCAGUCGCCAACAGGAUGACAGGACCACCAUCGUGGAUUUGUGCGACACCCUCAUCAUCAACGUUCACCCAUCCCAGUGUCCGCUCAAACUGAUCCUGCUGGACACCGGCAUCGUGACUGAGCUCCGGCCUUCAGACUUCCACAAUCUCAAAGCCGUCUUCACCGCCGUGAUCACAGGGCAGGGCGAGAAGAUCACAGAGCUGCUGCUGACCCAGGCAACAGUGAAUGAAUGCCAAGACUUGCAACUGUUUAAAUCUGAAAUAGAAAGAAUCGUGCAUGAAGCAGAGAUGAACACUGGAUCGCUGGGAAAGCUCCAUGUUGCUGGCUUCCUUUCUAACAUUCUGGAAGCACUCAUCGUACAUAAGGUCAAGGUGGAGAGCAGCUUUGCCUCCGUGAUCCUUGCAAUCAUGGCCUUGGACCGUCUCAGCCGAUCUCUCGACCCCGAGCUGGACUUGCUGCAAGUGGUCAGACCCAUGCUGCUGAAAGACUCUGCGGGUUUGUAAGGCUUUGUGGAUCUUGGCGACGCACUUUCACCCAACUGGGGGGGAGUGAGGAGGGGGCACGCUCCCAGAUAUUCACAACCAUUAACCAUUCAAUCACCUGGUACUGGGGAUAUGACAUUUGUUUUUAAUAACAGGCCAACAGUAUGGCCCAUAUGCUUAAUAAUGCAUGCUGUAUGCCUGUGUUAUAUUACCUGUGAUACUUUGAAGUUGCAUAAGAUUAUAUGUUUAUGUCGAGCGUUGUUAACUCUGCCCUUUUGAACUGUCCAUUUGAACGGCCAUAGUUUUCAGGUAGAACGGGUAGAAACAUAGAAAAUAGGUGCAGGAGUAGGCCAUUCGGCCCUUCGAGCCUGCACCGCCAUUCGAUAUGAUCAUGGCUGAUCAUCCAACUCAGUAUCCUGUACCUGCCUUCUCUCCAU